UUCUUCCAUGGCGCGAUGAAUGGAGGCCGGGGACUGGCGCUACCACGCCCCAACUCCCUCAAGGGGCUGCCGCCGCUGCAGCUCACGCGAAUUCCAUCGAGAGCGCGUGGAUUGGAGCUGAGCUCUUCCUUCCUUCGACGGGAUGCUUUGUCGCUGCAAAGCGUCCAGCUCGCGAGAUUGGCGAAAUGCCGCGGCCUGUGCUGCUCAAGAGCAGCGAUUGCGCUGGAAUUGCCCAAGGAAAUCGCGGUGACAUCGCUGAGGAUCACGCAGAGAGCGCUCACAAGUACGCUCGCGACGGUUGGAAAAUUCCCUUGUCCAGUACAAUGCGUGGCUGCUGCUGGGGUCAUAGCAUUUGCUCUUUGGGGACUCUUGCCUUCCAUCCAACUCAUUCGUCGCAAUAUCUUCCAGCGACGUGAAUGGGACAAGAGUCGAACGAAGUACAUACUUACGUCCUAUGUCAAGCCUGUGUUAUUGUGGGUUGCGAUCAUCGGAAUAUGCAGGGCUCUAGACCCCGUCGUUCUUUCGUCCGAGACAAGCCAAGUUGUCAAGGAAAGAUUCUUGAAUUUUCUACGAUCUCUUUCAACUGUCCUGACAUUUGCGUUUUGCACAGCGAGGAUGACUCAACAAAUUCAAAGGGUCAUGAUGGAUCGUCACAACAAUGAAGACUCUCGCAAUCUUGGAAUUCGUUUUAUUGGCAGUGCAGUGUCCACUUCGGUGUGGGUGGCGGCUGUCUGCUUGUUUAUGGAGCUCCUUGGUUUCUCGACUCAAAAAUGGCUGACGGCCGGUGGAUUCGGUACAGUGUUGCUGACUCUAGCAGGUCGAGAGAUUUUUACGAACUUUUUGUCCAGUGUUAUGAUUCAUGCUACCCGGCCGUUUGUUGAGUACGAGUGGAUACAAACUAAAAUCGAUGGGCAGGAAGUUUCUGGUACUGUCGAGCAUGUUGGCUGGUGGUCUCCUACAGUUAUCAGAGGCGAAGAUCGCGAAGCUGUGCAUAUACCCAACCACAAGUUCACGAUGAGCGUUGUCCGCAAUUUAAGUCAAAAAACUCAUUGGCGUGUUAAGACGUACAUUGGUCUCAGUCAUUUGGAUGCUAGCAAGAUCCACGUUAUCGUCGCAGACAUGAGAAAAGUUCUUUCCAAGCAUCCACAAGUGGAGCACAGACGAUUGCAUCGAAGAGUGUUCUUUGACAACAUCGACCCGUCAAACCAGUCGCUUAUGAUCAUGAUUUCUUGCUUCGUAAAAACUUCCCACUACGAAGAAUAUCUCAGUGUGAAGGAAAUUAUUCUUCUCAACCUGCUCAAAGUCAUCAGCCAUCACAAUGCCCGACUUGCCACUCCCAUUCGCUCUAUCCAGAGGGUAUACGACGAAGCAGAAACUCGCCAGUCGCCUUACAGAAACGUGUCCAACGAAGAUGGCAGGCCGUUGCUCCUCGUAGACGCAUCCGCAGUACCAGCCGAGUCUGGGAAGGCGAAGCAUGAGGCGCCAAACACUGUCGCUCCUAUCGAAGUUCCGAAACAGGAUAUGGAAGAAGCACAGCCUUCUCCAAAGACACCUCUCGAAGGUUUGGAUUCCAUGGGACUUAAUGCUAAAGACAUGAGCUUGCUAGGUGCGGCUUUCGAAAAACCUCCAGCAAAGAUCUCGGAAGUCUCGGCUGACAGUGGUGGCGAGCCAGCGACGAUUAAGGCCGAGGACCAGAAAAGCAGCGAGACCGGCGAAAACACAAAGCAGCAUUUAGGAAAGCAAGCGAUCAAAGACAGCAGCAAGCCACCAAAGGCGUCGACAUCGCCCAAGGAACCCCCAGCUUCGCCGAAACGAGAGAUCAAGCUGGAGGCGAGUAACGAGAGCACAGGGAAAGCGAAAGAGUUGCAAGAGACAAAGUCAGGACCAUCCGAGACAGCGAAAGAUUUGAAAGUGAAGCAAAAGGAAGCUAGAGACAGGCAGCAGCAGCAACAGGUGGACGAUCCAUGGAAAGAGACGGGGUCAGCAACAGCAACAGUAACAGGAACAGUUCCUUCUUCUUCUUCGAAUCAAGCGAGCACAAGUAACAGCGAGGAACAACAGGCAAAGAAAUAUCCUCCAACAAAGAGCACAGUCCAGGGAACUAACAACGAGGAACUACUGGCAAAGAAAUCUCCUCCGACAACAAAGAGCACCGAGGAACUACAGGCAAAGAAAUUUCCUCCAACAACAAAGAGCACAGGCCAGGGAAGUAACAACGAGGAACAACAGCUCAAGAAAUCUCCUCCAGCAAACUUUGGAGAAGACAAUCUAGUGCUAGGAGUAGCACUCGCUGGAUCCAAACGCACGCUUUCACUGAGCGGCGAUGGCGAUGAUAAGAUCACGGGGGACUCGGACACGAGGGGCGCUAUUACUGCUGCUGGAUCGCCGAAAGACAAAGAUCUUUAGAGCAGCAGUGAGAUCCAAGGAGGAAGAACUCCCAGGCAUUAAAUGGAGUUCUCCAAAGUUCUGGGAGGAAGAGAUCAAGGAAGAAGAACUUCCAGGCAUUAUAAAUGGAGUUCUUGGAGGAAGAUGGUGGCCACAGUGAGUAAACUACACACACACAAAGAUUUUUAGGAUAAGUAGGUAAAAAAGGAGAAAAAACGAAGCCAGUAAAAUUUUACCUAUCGA